UGUAUGAUUCCGAUGAGGGCGCAGCACGAGCGGGGAUGUACGCAACUAGGUCCUAAUCUAGCAACCAGGGCGCUCGCGUGCGUGUCGAGGUUGACUUCUUGCACGGAUUCUUAGUAGAAAAAACAAAAAGAACAAACUUGAAAAACGCUUGAUCAGUCAUUGUUGUAAGUACAUUGUGAUAUGUACAUGUAGACUUGUAAUAUCAAUGUGAAGGAAAGUAGAAGUAGAAAUUUUCGUAGAAGACGAGUUUCUGAUUGCCCAGUGAGUGUGUGAUGGCAGCUUCUUGAGCCGGCGCUGCGUUAAGUUUUGGAGUCGGAAUUUGCGACUCCUCUCUGCGCCGUCCCUACGAGUAAGUACUAUAUCCAAUUCCACUGCCGCGACCGAGAACAGAAGUAGGUUUAAAAAUUUGUACGGCCCAGUUCUCUUCUACUUGCUGAGGAUACCAUCACGCGGGUCCUGGUGAACCUGAAGAAAAAUGGCACGGCUUGCUGAUUAUUCCAAAUGGGAUCACAUUGAGUGCUCGGACGACGAAGCGGAGGACCUGCCCCAUUGCAUCGACAAGGACUCCUUUGUAUUUUUUCGUUUGACCCUUGCUCUUCAUCAUGUUUCAGUUUCUCUUUAAUAUUAAUUUCCUUUGUCAUGCAACAUAAAGUAGGCGCCCGAGCCCAACUGAGGACUCUCUCAUGUUUUUCAAUGCACUACGACCACGGCACAGUCAGUUGGAUUUCAAUGCACAGGACCACAUAGAAACCGAAUAAGUAGAAUCCAUGUGAAUCCAAAACCUCCACUACAGAAAAAGUACACGAAAGCGAAGCGUAGCCAGCGGGAUGCGGAGGAGGAGAAGAGAAUUAGUGAGCUCCGCGCCAUAUGCAAGACAAAUAUAUAUGUCUGGGUCUGGAAGGAAAAGGAUGUGGAAAUUUGUGAUGCAUCUUUUGGAUCACGUUCACAACCAGGCGGUCGUCCGGAAUGCAUCGAAAAAAUUAAAGCAUUUACUUUACAAGUUUUGCUCAGGCCUCCUGAUACCUGUUUUGCAUGCGAAGUCAGCUAUUUACCUAGCAAGGAAUCGACCGCUUUUGGCGCAGCCCAUGUAAAGCCGAUUUUUGCAUUUGCGUGCGGAAGCGUCAGCAACAUCUGUUCACAAAAAAUUUGAUGCAAUAUUACUUCUUCCCGUACCCAGAAAUAAUCAUAUUUGCAAUGGAUACGCAAGCGUCGAGCGGCUUCGGAAGGAACUGCGGCAGCUAGGUGCUGCGGGGAGAAACCACCUGAAGGGGCAGAAUAUGCAGAAGCAGCUGGAGGCGGAGGAAAAGGAACUGGCAAAGCUGGAACGAGUCACCAGCAGACGGGUGAACGCGGAGAAGAUGAGCACGGAGGUAUGUUGUAAGUAUUCAUUUUCCCUUCAAGUUCAAGAGAACCAAAUCAAAUCAAAUCAGGAGUUUGAGUCUGUAACAUUGACCGCAGCGGACGACUUGCGACUUUGACUUUUCCGUGUUUUUUUUGGUUGUCCCUGCGCUUUCGACAGUUUCGCGCCGGACGGGUGUUUCUGACAGCCUAAAUAAAGCGAUCUAGAUUCGGACAAGAUAUUAAAUCCAAGAAAAACCCUUCAGAUUUACUCCAAGAGCGUGAUUAGUAGCAAGACGGCGAACGCGCCGAAGGUCGACGACAACGUCGACACGGAGAAAUUUGUCGAGUACGCGAAAACGAACAACGACUUGCUGGAGAAGCUCUGUAGAAUUUGCGACGAUCUGUUCGAUGAGGAGGAUCAUACUGUGAGCGGGACGACCAAAGACCACUGCUCAACAGCAUCAGCAACGCCGUCAACAAGUGCUCUUCCGGAUGCAGAAUCAACUGAAGGUGGAUCAGUACCUCCUGCUUCUGCAAAGAACACCUUCUCGUCCUCCAAGCCCGCUAGGAGUAAGCUUACCGCCGCGUCGAAGCAGAAGCAGUUGGUGGAGAAGUCGGUGAAGGUGAUUCUCGAACACCCCGAGGUGCUGCUCUCUUCCGACGCGGAGACCUUUCUGAUGUUCCGCGUGCUGGAGCUCGAGAUUGAGAAAAAGCCGAAGGAAUAUGUGCACGGAAUGGCCAUCGUGGCGCAGCUGAUCGCGCAGGCCCUGACGCUCAGCAAAAUGAUCCAGACCGGGGACCCCGGGACCAAUUUGAUGUCGCAAGAAGCCGGUGCUUCAACAGCCAACGCAGCCGUUAUUGUGAACAAAAAGGCGGUGGAGAGCAUGUACGAAAAGUUGGUGGUCGCGUUCUCUACCGUGACCGCGGACAAGACGGAGGAACGGGAGCACCAGGAGCUGAAACAGUCGUUCGAGCAGGCGGUUUAUCGUAAGGAGAAAUCCCUUCAUCUCUCGCCAUAUCGAAAAGGCACGCCACAGAAAAUUUGCAAUGCUGUUGAGUUGUGACCACAAAUCGACUCGGUCUUGCAGUAAGGCAACGCCACAGGCUCCGCCGCAUUAUGUAGGCGGGUUGUGAUGCUGUUGGGCCUACGGUGUAGGCGUUUGCUAUGCUAAGCGCCGAUGUCAAAUCCUCUUUAUAUUCAGGAUCAGUAUGUCGGUGCCUGCGGGUGCAGCCCUCUAUUGCAAGACAGUUCUAGACUUUUUCUGUACAACGCAAAUCCAGAAUCAAAGACGUCGCUUUGAUAUGGGACGAAGGGGCGAGUUUUCCUUUUCAGACGACUUCGCAGUUUGUGUCCCGGAUCGAGAAGCGAGCGGUGGAAAAAAUCAAGGAAAUCGAGGAGGAAGAGAGAGCGGCGGGGCAAAGAGGUGUGGUAGUCGGAAGCAACGACCUCACGUCAAGUUCUGGUACGACCGAACAAAAAGUAUCAACAAAGGACGGCACGAGCAGAAACGCUAGUACAACACGAACUGGUUCUGAGCGACUCAGUGCUCCUGCUGCUCCAGCCACACAACUGGAGGAAGACGGGGGCGCUGUUCCUCCAGAUGAAAAGCAAAUAGGCCCCGGAGGCCUAGACGCGCAGGAGGUGUUCGACUCGCUGCCGACGGUGCUGCAGGACGCGUUUCUGGAAAAAGACGCGGAGAAGCUGCAGAAAGCGUUUAUGUCCCUCCCCUCCGACGAUGCGCAGAGGUACCUCAGGAAGUGCAUCGACGGGGGGCUGUGGGUGGUGCCGGGAAGCGGGGGAGACAUGAGUCGGGAGUCCGAUGACGAUGAUUAGGCCACCAGAAGCACCAGUCGGAAAGUCGAGGCUUUCGUAGCUGCUCGUUCGAAUAUUUCUUUUUGAUUCAUCCUGAAGCACCGCUACUCGCUGUGCGGUCGAGUUGCAUCAAGUUUUAUGAUCUGUACUUUCAAUUCAUGUGAUUUGAAAUCACUAAGUACGGUUAUAAAAACGGAUGAUCAUAUGUCCAGCGACAAGCGACUACGACAUGUUGAGUGUGCGAAGUAAGUUAGUAAAAAGCAUCAAGAGUUCUUUCACGACGUUUGUUACGUAUGGGGAAAGACGACCCUUGUAGUAGCGUUACCCGCGGCCUGCGCAGCAC